UUCGUUUCUUCAACUCCCACUUUUCUGAUCGUCUUUUCCCCUUCUCUCCAUCAUCAUUUUCUCCGUUCUUUUGCAAUCGCCGGUGGUUUUAGGGUUUUUUUUUCUGCAACAGCGACGACAUGGCCACUCUCGGAGGCGUUCGUGAUUCUUCCGGUAGCCAGAACAGUAGCGAGGUCGAGAGCCUCGCUCGUUUCGCUGUCGAUGAGCACAACAAGAAGGAGAAUGCCCUGCUAGAGUUUGCGAGGGUGGUGAAAGCGAAAGAACAGGUGGUUGCAGGAACUCUGCACCAUCUGACUCUGGAGGUCAUUGAGGCUGGUAAGAAGAAGCUUUACGAAGCUAAAGUUUGGGUGAAGCCAUGGAUGAACUUCAAGGAGUUGCAGGAGUUCAAGCAUGCCGGUGAUUCCCCUUCGAUCACUUCGUCAGAUCUUGGCGUAAAGAAAGAUGGGCAUGAAUCUGGAUGGAGGGCAGUCCCAGUGCACGAUCCCGAAGUGCAGCAUGUUGCUGAUCACGCUAUCAAGACCAUCCAACAGAGAUCUAACUCUUUAUUCCCUUACGAGCUUCAAGAGGUCGUGCACGCUAAUGCUGAGGUGACAGAGGGGGCUGCGAAAUUCGAUAUGCUUCUGAAAGUGAAGAGAGGGGAGAAAGAGGAAAAAUACAAAGUGGAAGUCCACAAGAACCAUGAGGGCGCUCUCCAUCUCAACCACAUGGAGCAAGACCACUCUUGAACUCUCUCUACAUCCAUAUGGUGCAUCUCCUUUAAUAAACCUUAAUAUAGUGUUGUUUGCUCUGUAAGAUGAACUGCGGAUCCUCUCUUUAAGUUGUUGGACCAAUAUGCCAGCUUUGAUUUUUUCUUCUUUUUCA